CAAAUUUGCCUCGCCAAGCUCAAGCGCAGCCCUUGUUCGCCAUGCUGUCGUCCAAGAUCCACCGCUCCGUAUUACCGGCCGCCUCGCGCCGCUUCUUCCACUCUGAGGUGCACAACAAGGAGCUUAUUCAGUCGACAGGUUUCAUCAAUGGCAAGUGGGUCGAGGCUCACUCCAACAAGCACUUCGCCGUCAUCGAUCCUUCCACCGACAAGGAGAUUGCGCGCGUCGCCAACAUGGGCUGCGUCGAGACCAACGAGGCCAUUGCAGCGGCGUUGGCAGCCCAGAAGAAAUGGCGCAAAACUACACCCGCGGCUCGCUCCGGGCUGCUCAAGAAGUGGCACGCCGCCAUCGUGGCCAACACUGAUGAUCUAGCCACCAUCGCCUCCGUGGAGAGCGGUAAGCCACUACCUGAAGCCAAGGGCGAAGUGGCCUACGCUGCCGGCUUCAUCGACUUCUACGCGCACGAGAUCAUGCACUCGAAUGGCUUUUUGCCUUCCCCAUCGGCACCCGACCACAAGAUCAUGGCCAUCAAGGAGCCUGUGGGCGUAUGCGGCAUCAUCACGCCCUGGAACUUUCCCCUGGCCAUGAUCACUCGGAAGCUAGGCCCAUCUCUGGCAGCCGGUUGCACGGCUGUGGUGAAGCCAGCAGCCGAGACGCCACUAUCCGCCUUAGCACUGGCCAAAUUGGCCGAAGACGUCGGUAUCCCGGCCGGUGUCAUCAACGUGGUGCCGUCCCCCAAUGACAAGGCUGCCGAGGUUGGUGGAGCUUUAACCAGCAGUCACGAUGUCCGCAAGAUCUCGUUCACGGGCUCCACUCGAGUCGGCAAGCUGCUGAUGGAGCAGUCGGCCGAGACGGUGAAGCGCGUGUCGCUCGAGCUCGGCGGCAACGCCCCGUUCAUUGUGUUCGAAGACGCCGACCUCGACAAGGCUCUGGAUGGACUGAUGGCGUCAAAGUUCCGCAAUACUGGCCAGACGUGUGUGUGCAGCAACCGCAUCUUCAUCCACGCCGACAUCUACGACGAAUUCGCGGCCAAGCUCGUAGAACGUGUCAAGAAGCUCAAGAUGGGCCCACCUCGUGAGGAAGGCGUGAAGCUUGGGCCCCUGAUUGGUCCCAACGCCUUCUUGAAGACGUCGGAACUGGUGGAAGAUGCCGUCACGAACGGAGCGACGGCUCUUGUUGGUGGCAAGCGCAGCGACAUCGGACGCAACUUCUACGAGGCCACUGUGCUGGCCCACGUUGAUAACACGAUGCGUGUCUGGAGCGAGGAAAUCUUCGGGCCUGUUGUGCCGCUGUUCAAGUUCUCAACCGAAGAAGAGGUGAUCGAGAUGGCCAACGGAACGGAGGCCGGCCUUGCAGGUUACUUCUUCUCGCAGAACUUGUCUCGCACGUGGCGUGUUGCUACUGCUUUGGAUUGCGGUAUGAUUGGUGUGAACACGGGCGCCAUCUCGAACGUACAGGCCCCAUUCGGUGGCGUCAAACAGUCUGGAUUGGGACGUGAAGGCUCGUUCAUGGGUCUGGAGGAGUAUCAGGAGACGAAGAUGGUCUGCGUGGGUGGACUGGACUAAGCUACCAUUGUCAUACUUGCUAGGAUUUGUGAGUAGUUGUACUGCUGAAUAAAGUUAGCAGUUUUAGUGUAUUUGGUUCUAGCUGUCUGGCUUUGACCAUGUAGUCUCGCCAGUCACGGGGUUGUAGUAGUAUGUAGUACCGUUGCUGUCCUGCAUCUCUUGCCAUUGACUUGCUGCUAUUGACGGUUGGCUCCAGCUUGUCUCUCCUGUUUCCUGGUUGUAGUAGUACAUGGCGCCACUGCUUUCGUCUCGGUACUCAAUCCAAGUGCUUGGAGUUAGAUCAGAGGUAGCCUGAAUAAUGCCAUUGCUCGAGCU